AGUGUGAGUGAAAAAAAAAAAAACUCGGAUCGAAAAAAAAAGAAAGAAAUUAACUAUAACAAACAGUUCCCCCCACAAUUAGUUUUUCAAUUCCGAAUUAGCAUAUACACAUAUAUUUGCCUUAUCGUUGAAUCUGUAAGACGUGUGAUAUACUACUCCUUAACACCAUAUCGGAAGAUGAUCAUUAUGGACCAAUCUGUCGAAGAGAUUUUCAACUUGUCGCUAUCCGAGAUUGCGAUCACAUGUCCACCGGAGAUUAGCAAUUAUUUCACGGGCGCCGCACUGACCCGAUUGAACCAAAUACGGCUCUUUGGCGAAGACGAUUCGACUUUCUUAACGAGGCAACAACUGAAUGCGACCGAUCAUUUCCCGGUGUCCGAUAGCAGCAGCGUUAGUGAUUGGUCUUCCACCGUGCUAGCGGGUUCGGUUAGCUCUGUUCCGACACCAGCGGGCAUUCUGCGCAAUCAUCAGCACAGCCUCAACGUGGCCAGACAACAAGAGGACAUGCAGAGGUUGAAAUACUACUCUUACGGUAUCGCCCUGCCCGCCAUCUGCAUCUUGGGCAUUUUGGGAAAUGUCCUCAAUUUAAUCGUCUUAACUCGACCAACGAUGCGAGGACCAGCUUACGUCUACAUGAGAGGUUAUGCCGGUGCUGCGCUUCUAGCCAUCGUCUUUGCAUUGCCCUUCUCCAGCCGCAUUCUGUUCCAUAACGAAAUUGGACCGUGGAGCAGUUUCGCCCAAGCUUUCUUUCACGCUCAUCUCGAACUCUUUUUGGGCAAUGCUUGUCUAGGUAUCGGUGUGUUAAUGCUGGUGGCUCUGACGGUGGAGCGGUACCUCGCCGUUUGCCGGUUGGGACGAACGCGAGCAUUCGCCGCCAAGAAGACACCCCUGGUGGCCGUCGGUUUGGCCUUGUUAGCCGUUUCGCUUUACCUGCCGUACUUGUUCCGCGCUCACGUCAUCACAUGCUCCACGGUACCUGAUGGAUUGCCCGUCUACAGGAAACGGGAGAAUCCAUCUUUCGCUCAUUCCACCCUGUGGGCUGCUUACCUCUGGACACUCGAAGUCAUUUUCAAAAUGGCGCCUACACUUAUCAUCGUCCAUCUCAAUUGCUGUAUCAUCGUCGUGUACAGGCGAACGUGCGCCAGACGGCGGAGUAUGUUAACAAAAGCGCCUACGGCUUCGCAACUUCUUCCGCCUCCAUCGUCCGUGCAGAGCGCCAAUGGCAGUCACCAUCAGAGCGGAUCAUCACCGACUAUGGUCACAUCCGUCAACAGAGACGGGGCCGUUAGUUUCGUCUCAAACAACGGCUCCGAUCGCAUUUGCAGCGAAAAUCCGCCUCAGCAACAGCAGACGCGACUCCCCAAUGGCCAGCCAGCGGACGAUUCGAGACGCUUCUGGGAAGAGAAGCGAUUGAUGUUUUUGCUCGGCUCCACUUCCAUCCUAUUUUCGGUGUGCAUUACGCCACAGUUAGUGCUCAGCCUAAUGAUUCACGAAGCCGUUCUUCAGUCCUAUUACUUCCAGGUGUUUCGCGCUGUGGCCAACAUUUUGGAGGUGACCAAUUACUCGUUCACAUUCUACAUUUACUGCAUGUUCUCGCGCGAUUUCCGUGCAACACUGUUGCAAACGUUGCGCAUCUCACGUCCAAGUGGCACAUCACCUCAUCAGACGUGUUUGUAACACGCGCCAAGCCACUGGCAGCUGACCAACGAAUCGAGGCGUGUUGGAACGUUGGCAAAUCACCUGUCCGACUUGAUGGCCAGAAUUUUUAAAAAAGCCCCCCC